AGUAGCUUCCAGAUUGCACCACAGACUCCAGUGAAACAUUGACGAGCGAAAAUAAACACGCGAGACGCGAUCUGUGGCGCAUGCAUCAAAGCUAGCGCCACAAAGUCGAGCCAGCCACUAGUCUCUACCCAGCUCCAACGAACGUCGAAGCCACUUCAACAACAGACCAACCUAUCGUGUGAUGUACAUCAAUUUCAUCCCAUCACCACAGUAUGUUUGGCGCAUUGAACAGAUUUAUAGGCCGGCUAGACGGAGGUCAGCCAGAAGAGGAGAAAAAUGGACUACAAGGCGCGGCAGGCUUUCAGGUUCUUAAGAACACGAAUGAAGAAUUGCUCCUGGAGCCAUGGUUCGACUUCAUUAUCGGCAUAAACGGACGGACACUGGACAGCGCAGACCCCAACCUGUUCGCACAAGAAAUACACAACUGCGCUGGCACGUCAAUAAGCAUGGGCGUAUUCAGUGGCAAGGGUCAACGUAUACGUGAGAUAUAUAUUCAAAUUCCCCCGUCUGGCUCCUUGGGUUUAUCUCUUCAAUGGACCCCUCUCUCAGCCAUCGAAGAUGUCUGGCAUAUCCUGGACGUAGCCCCCGACUCCCCAGCCGAUGUAGCUGGCCUCCUCCCAUACGGCGACUAUGUAAUCGGCUCCCCAGAGGGUCUCCUACGCGGGGAGUCUGGACUCGGCGAGAUCGUGGAAGAUUAUCUCAAUCGCCCGCUCCGGCUCCAAGUCUACAACCAUGAAUACGAUGUAACACGUCCCGUCACGAUCACCCCCUCUCGCGGGUGGGGAGGCACAGGGGCCCUCGGCUGCGUCCUUGGUUUUGGCGCCCUGCACCGCGUCCCUGCACCACUCGACGAGCCUCCCCAAGCACCCGGCGAAGCCCUCUUCGACGCUGCUUCAACCUCAGCACCGGCUCUUCCCCCGGUCAAUCCCGACGCGGUGCCAACUUCGCGUUCUCCGAAUAAUGCGCCGAGCGACUUCCAGCCCGUCGCUCCUGCAGCAUCAACAGAUUUCCUGGUCCCUGCCAACAUGCAAUUCCAGAGCAAAUCACCCCCGCAAACGUCCCCGGGUAGCGAGGUGGCUCCUGGAAGGGCGAAGAAAUCACGCGGCAGAGCGCAUCACGCGAGUCCGGGCGCAGGCUUAGAUGACUUAUUGGCAGAAGGAGAGGCUAAGAGUAAGGAGCAGGACUUUGCGCCGAGUGGGAAGCCGGGCAGUGUCCCGCCACCACCCGGAGGGCCGCCGAAGGGGCCGCCGAGGAGUGGGACGCCAGUGGUGAAAGAGUAAUUGUAUAUACAAAAUGUAAAGCGAGGUAGACUAACUAUGCAUAUCGUACAACAGUGGUCUCUUGAGCCGACGUCCCCUUUCUUCGCCUUCCGUCGCUUGAUGGUACACCAAAAAGCUCCU